UCUGUGCUUUUAUGCCAAAGCCGAGCGGAGCUGCAGAGAGAUGCGCGCUAAUGCCACACGCCUGUCCGCCCGCUGCUGCCAGCUGACGCGCACCAGCCUGGACCCGGGCUACGUGGAGUGUCGCGAGGCGCUGAAGCUGCCCAAAAAGCGACGAUUCAGCUUCGCCGAGAUGUAUACCAUCAACAUGUGCCUCGAGGAGUGCAACUAUAUAGGCUCUGGCUACAUUGAAGUGGACCCGCCGUACCGCCUGGACAUGGUCCGAGUGCGGCGCAACUUGGAGCAGAUCCUGCCGCAGCCGCAGGAGACGAGCGUGCCCUUCAUGUUCGAUGCGUACAUCAAGUGCGAGGCUUAUCGCGCCCAGCACACGGCUCGCUUCGCGCUGCACCUGCCGGAGAUUGAAUUCAUAGAGGAGAAGUGCAACCCCUUUUCCCUGCACGUGACCAUCUGUGUGCGCAUCCAUGCGAUGCAGAAGUGCCCCAAGGAGUUCUACACGAACAGCACCGAGUGCCGCAUGGCCCAGGACUACUUCACCAGGUGCGUGGACGACAUCGAGUCGAAUGUUGCGUAAGUGCAUCCACCAG